AUGCCGGAGUUGGAAAUAAAAAGAAAAGCUGACGAAUAUUCCGUGGUGCCGGCAAAAAAGACACGACAUGAAAUAUCUGUUGCAGGAACAAGAGAAAAAGCCGUAGUUACGGCGACGGUGCCAAGGACAUCAAAUCUUUAUGCUCCUAUUAUGUUAUUGGAAGGACAACAAGGAGAGAUAUUUACUGCCAAAUUUCACCCAGAAGGCAGACAUUUGGCAUCGGCAGGAUUUGAUAGACAAAUUUUUCUAUGGAAUGUUUACGGACAAUGUGAGAAUGUAAUGGUGAUGAAGGGUCAUACAGGGGCUGUUAUGGAACUAUGCUUCUCUCCUGAUGGUGCUCACAUGUACACUUGUGCUACUGACAACACUGUAGCGGUCUGGGAUGUUCCUACUGGCACAAGAAUAAAGAAGUUGAAAGGGCAUAGUCAUUUUGUCAACUCAGUUUCAGGUGCUAGAAGAGGUCCUGAAUUACUGGUAUCAGGUUCUGAUGACAAUGCAAUAAAACUAUGGGAUGCAAGGAAACGGAAUAACAUCUUGUCACUUGACGCCACAUACCCUGUCACUUCUGUGUUAUUCAAUGAUACGGCCGAGAAAAUUAUAACAGGCGGAGUGGAUAAUGUUAUUAAAGUAUGGGAUAUAAGAAACACACAGAUCGCUUACAAUAUUAAAGGACAUACAGAUACUAUAACAGGAAUGGCCCUAUCAAAUGACGGUUCUUACCUUUUGUCCAAUUCGAUGGAUAACACUUUAAGGAUAUGGGACGUGCGACCUUUCGCGCCUGCUGAGAGAUGUGUAAAGCUCAUGUCAGGCCAUCAACACAACUUUGAGAAGAAUCUGCUCCGGUGUGCCUGGUCUCCAGAUGGCUCCAAGGUAUCGGCUGGAUCUUCUGACCGUUUCGUAUACAUUUGGGACACAACAUCUCGUCGUAUCUUAUACAAGCUUCCUGGACAUCAUGGAGCAGUCAAUGAUGUACACUUUCAUAAAAAUGAACCCAUCAUCCUUUCUGCAUCUAGCGAUAAACAGAUCUAUUUGGGGGAAAUUGAUCAUUAA